AUGAGUGUCGAUCAGUACACCGAGGACGCGAUCUCGAGUCUUUCUAAUACCAUCGUCGACAAGGCACCCUACUUUGGCACCCUGCCUUUCCAAGAUGACGCAUUCGAGCUCUUCUUCAAAGACCAAAGCGGCCACGCGCACUCUCUCAACCUGGCGAGUGCUACGAACGAGCAAGUCAGCACACUUGCAGAGUCGUGCUCUAUUGCGCCAUUUGGUCGCGGCGCAGAGUCUGUUAUCGACGAUGACUAUCGUAAAAUGGGAGUAAUCGAUCUUCCCGACUUCGCUAUCCCGUUCCAGCCCGAAGGCACUGCACUGGGGCAUGGACUAUACAAGCUAAAUGUCUACGGCGAAGGAGGGUUCUUCAAGGCACACAAAGAUACUCCGCGCGGAAACGGGAUGUUUGGCUCACUUGUUCUCGUCUACCCGACGGAGCACUCUGGCGGGGCCCUAGUCUUCCGCCACCAGGGGCAGGAAUGGACUUUCGACUCGGCUUCAGCCGUUUCGCAUGAUGAAAAGCCUGCAUUCAGCUACGCGGCAUUCUAUAGCGAUAUCGAACAUGAAGUUCUCCCGGUCACAUCCGGGUACCGCGUAACCAUUACCUACAAUCUCUACUUCGACGAAGUAGAGACUGCGUCGUCAUCCACCCGUUCAUCUGCGCUCGACAUGUCUGAUCUUGCAAAUCGGCUUCAGCAUCUCCUCGACGAUCCUCAAUUCAUGCCCCAAGGCGGUUACCUUGGCUUCGGCCUGCGUCACGCUUACCCGAUAGAAUUCGACGAGCGCUUUAUGCCUGUCGAUAGGCGCGUACAACAUAUUACUGGCGUUCUCAAGGGCUCGGAUGCAGUUAUCCUCCGUGCGGCUCAAGCUACCGGCCUCAAGGCACAGUUACAUGUCGCGUACGAUUGCAAGGUACUCACGGAAGAGUACGAUCGUUUGGUAGUCCUCACCACCGAAGUUGUUGGUGGCGACUACAUCGAUCAACAGAUAUGGAAUCUUCUCAAAGAGCGCUACGGCGGUGUUACGCUGCGGCGGGCGAUGAAAAGUACCGGGUGGAGCGUGCGGUACAUUGGGUCACCCCACGCACAAGCGCGCCGCGGGUCAAGUCUGUGA